CGGUUGUGAGGCAGCAGUGUCUGGUGGUGGCAGGCGUUCGUCCGAGUCUCUCACUCCAUCUCCCAGGAGCCUCGGGAGCCGCGUUUCCGGCGCCGGGUGGCAAGAGGCGGGUUUUGGAGACCCCAGCACCCUUGGGUCCCACUGUGGUUCCGGGGUGGUGAUUGUAAAAAUCGAAAGGUCUUCGGAAGCUGCAGUAAGCAGGCGGAGCCCCUCGCCUUAAUUUUCACCCAAGGAAGGGCCCUUGGUCCCGGCGAAGGAGUCAGGGAUCGAUCCCUGGGUUCCUGGAGCGGUUCUCCGGACACUUGAGUCAAACCAGAGCACAGUCCUAAGGGCAGAUGAGAAGUCUAAAUCCUACAAAUGUUAUGUGAUUUGCUCCAGGAGGCUCAGUACAUAAGAAUUGGAGUCCAGGUCAUCACUCUCUCAGUCUACCACUAGGUGUAAAGGAGUGCCUGAUCAGAAUGGCUGUGAGGUGGUUUUACCUGGCCGUCCUGGCACUGUCCUCCCUGGGCUUGAUGUGCAUCCUCUUCACCAUCUACUGGAUGCGGUACUGGCACAGUGGCUUUGCCUGGGAUGGCACUGUGCUCAUGUUCAACUGUCACCCGGUACUCAUGGUUACUGGCAUGGUGGUGCUCUACAGUGCUGCGUCGCUGGUGUACCGCCUGCCCCAGUCAUGGGUAGGGCCCAAGCUACCCUGGAAAAUCGGUCAUGCAGCCAUGCACCUGAUGGCCUUCAUCCUGACUGUGCUGGGGCUGUUUGCCGUCUUUAACUUCCACAACCAUAGCAAGAUCCCCCAUCUCUACUCUCUGCACAGCUGGCUGGGCAUCACUGCCGUCUUCCUCUUCGCCUGCCAGUGGCUCUUGGGCUUUGUGGUCUUCCUGCUGCCCUGGGCGUCCUUGCAGCUGCGCAGCCUCCUCAAACCCUUCCACGUCUUCUUUGGAGCCUCCAUUCUCUCUCUGGCCAUUGCAUCUGUUGUUUCCGGCAUUAAUGAGAAGCUUUUCUUCAGCUUGAAAAAUGGCACCAGCUUGUACUCCAACCUGCCCAGUGAGGCUGUCUUUGCCAACAGUACUGGGAUGCUGGUGGUGGUCUUCGGGCUGCUGGUGCUCUAUAUCCUACUGGCCUCGUCUUGGAAACGCCCAGAGCUGGGGAUGCAGGCCGAAAGACAGGCCCUGUUGCGUGGUGGGGAGUGACACAGGAAGGGGUUCCUGGGAGCAGUUGGUGUGUGGUCCUGACUUCUUCAGAAGCUCUGCUCUCCCUGGGGCUCCUGUCCAGUUUCAGCAACAGACUUGCUUUGGGGUCCGGGCCCCACGCUCCCCUGGCCUCUGUUGGGCCUGCUCUCUCCACAGCUUGCUGCCCACCUGCGUUCCUUGGUGGCUUUGGCUUCUCCGCCCUUCUUGGCAUUGACUUCCCAGGCUCUCCUUGCCCUGGCUGCUCACGCUGCUCCUGCUCGUAUGAAGUCAAGCCGAUUUCCCCUUCUGGCCCCUCGGAUGUGGUAGAAAACCCCGACGGUGCAGACGAGCUGGGCCUCCGGGACAGUCCACACUGUGAGAAGUGAGGCAGGCGGCCUUCCCACCAGCCUUCCCUUGAGGCCUGCGUUUCGUGUGGGCCGCCCGCCCUGGGCCAGGCUUCACCUGCCGUUUCUCCAUCCAGCCCAUCUGGACGUGAGGCUGGGCGGGAACACGGCACAGCGAUGGGAGGACCCGGACGGCGCGGAGCCGCUCCCGCAGAGGCGAAGCUGAGGAGCCGGCUGCCCUCUGCUGUUUCACGUUGCUGCCCUGUCAUGUCUGCGUGCAUCAUCCGUGCCCUGUGGCGCCGCCUCUUCUAGCUGCUGCUGCAACUGGGACCUGGACGCCAGCCUUUCCCUGUGACGGACAUGCCUGUCACUGACAGGCAGCCCUGUGAACCCGGGAACAGCCUGCCCCGAGCUGUCCCACGAGGAGUAGCAGGGGUGCCUUGGACCUCCUUUCCUUCCCCUGCCUGUGCCCUGGCAGG